AUGAGCUUGUUACCCAGCGAUCAACGCCAGCUGCUACACAAGUGUAUAUUGAACUACGUGCAAAAUCAAAUACCACAGGAAAAGCAGGAAACCACUCUUAAUGAAGGCGCUGAUGGCUCUGACCACGUGAUCUCGACUCUAGCUCACUGGCUCAAGGUGGAUUUGGACACUGCAGAUACGGAUCGUCCUGUUGACGGGUCUCUACUUCCUCGUAAGUGGAGUUCUAUAGUCAGAUUGCAGCGCCGGAUCAUUGAGCUCGAAAAACAGAUCGAAGGUCUCACGGAGGAAAACGAAGUCCUAAUGGAAAACGGGCCAGCGUCAGGUGCCACCAAAUCGUCUUUGAAGUGGAUUCCUCGAGAACGCAGCAACUUCAGUAUCAACUGUGGGGCGUCUGUUACUAGUGCAAAGCUUCACCCAGAGCUCCCGCUACUUUUUGUGGCGACAGAUGCAGGAAAAUUACAGUGCUACGAUCUGAUGAACUAUUCCAUGCCAGUGGCCUCGGUCCAAGCGCAUAUGCGUGGAAUUGUCUCAAUAGACGUACAGUUAAGUGAUAGCUCAGAAUGUCUAAUUGUGACUGCCUCCAAAGACCUGUAUUGCAAAGCUUUCCGGCUGGUAGAUUCGCAAUUACAACUUAUAAGAACAUUUUCCGGCCACGAACAUGUUGUAUCCCAAAUCAAAGUGUGGAAACGCGGCACUGACACACUUGCAGCAACAUGCUCUCGUGACUUGUCGUGUAGGAUAUGGGAUGUCUCAAAUGGGUGGUGUUUGAAGUCUUUUCAGCCGCAUACAGAAUGGGUACGAUGCUUGGAUAUUUUGGGUGAGUAUAUAGUAACUGGUUCCAACGACUGUACCGUAAGACUCUCGCAUUGGCCCACUGGGAGAGGGCUGUCAUUUGGGAUGGGCCACAAUUUUCCUGUGGAAAAGGUCAAGAUAAUACCAAUGCAAAAAUCGGCGGAAGCGGCCGAUGAUCAACAGAAUAAAUACAACUUAUUCAAUGAAGAGUACGCGGAACUUGGUUUCUCGCACGUCAUAUCCACAUCUCGGGAUAACACAAUUCGAAUAUGGCAAGUUCCACUGCCGAGAUUCGUAGCUCACCGACCUCCUCAACCGAACUCUUCGCGACAACAUUUUGAGCUAAUAACUACUUUGAGUGGGCACUCAUCAUGGGUGCGCGACAUUUGCGUAAGGGGUGACUAUUUACUGAGCUGUAGCGAUGAUCGCAGCAUUAGAGUAUGGGACCUCACAACAGGUCAUAUUGUUCGUGUUAUAGGUAAUGCUCAUGACGGCUUCGUAAACUGUAUUGACACUGACCAGAAUGGGCUGAAUAGACAAUUACUAAUAUCAGGCGGGACCGAUGGGAAAUUGAAAGUCUUCAUUAAGUAG